AUGGCCAUUGGCCCAUUGGCACACUGCUGGUGUAACCGGUUGACAGGUCCUUCUGGAUUUUCUUAUCUCAAAACUGGUGAUAGUGAAUCAGCAAAAAUGAUUGAAAACCCUGAGUACAUAAGAAACGGUAUUCACCAACUGAAAUCAAGGAAUAAACUUUACAUCAUUGGACAGCUUGGAAACUCUGUCUCCACAUCAGGGAAAAAAAUAACUGAAGAAUACGCAAAUAGUAAUAACAUGAGCUACGAAUACUAUAAUUACUUAGACAUUGCAAAGAAAUUUUCGGAGCUUCGCCCUGAAAAAGUUUUUAAACUCAACACUGCAAAUUUCAUUGAUGGAUGGGGUGGAUUGUGGAAUGAAAAUCCAUGCGAAAAACAGAUCACUUUCGACACGAUGGUCAAAGUCGUCGAACAAAGCCAAACAAUUGAAAAAUUAAAGUUCGUAAUUGGGCUUCGCACAGAGAUAGGAAAAGAAUUAGAAAGACGUGGGAUUCAAAUGGAAGAACAUGAAAAGCUAUUGCUUGACUGCAGCUCUAUUUACAAAAGAGAAAAAGUAAAGGAAGAAAUAGAAGUGCUUCAAAACUCUUGUUCAAAUGAGAAAUGUGGUUGUAAAUCAUUAACGUAUGAACGGGUUUCAGGAAUCAAUCAAGUACCUAUCGGAAAUUAUCUUGUCGUUAGAUUAAUGAGUUUAGAUCAUACAAUGAUACUGGACUUUUUAAUGAGAGAAGUAGGCCCUCUAGAGGCAAUGCGCAACCACUUUGAAAAGUUGAUGGAAGAGGGACAAAUUUGGCAAUGGCUGCCGUAUUUUGUUUGUUUGGGUUAUUAUGACAAAGACCAAUUUAGACACGAUAUUGCAGAUGGAUUCAACAUUUCACAAUCCAUGUUUUUGCAUUGUGAAAGCAUUGCUAAAUACAUAAAGCCAAAGAAAGAACUUGCUCCGUUGUGGUCAACAAGAUUCUGUUGUGAUCCUCAUGUAAAGAAACAAGACAACAACCCAAGUGACGUAGUCGUCUUUUGGCAUACCUUUCUCUACAUCUGUGCUUUUCAUGCUUGCUUCAAAAAGUACCCUAAACAAAUGCUGCGCUUUUGUAAUUUAGAUGCAAUUCUUCAACUUGUCCGUCCUAAAGAUUAUCAUGACCCUCUCACCAUUGUAGCAGAUGAUAAAGAGGUAGAUUUCUUUUAUAAUGAAAGAUUAAAAAACCGUGCAAUUGUCAGCAGUUUGUCGGAGCAUCCACUUGUUAAAGAGCGGAGGAACCGAAGAAAGAGCAGAGGCAUAAAGACGCUGUUUAAGAAACAUGCUUAGAUCACCUGAGACACAAUUUUAUAGAGUUUAUGUUAUGGAAAUUGUUGCGGUGUGAUUUGGAUAUUGUCUUUGAUAUUAAUUUUAAAAAUAUUUAUUU